AUGAUGUGUGGAGGGCCCUCUGCCACGCAGCCGGCCACCGCCGAGAUCCAAGUGAUUGCCGACCAGGUAAAGUCCCAGCUUGAAGAGAAAGAAAAUAAGAAGUUCCCUGUGUUUAAAGCUAUGGAGUUCAAGAGGCAGUUGGUUGCUGGGACAAACUACUUUAUCAAGGUUCAUGUGGGCAAUGAUGACUUCAUGCACCUGCGUGUAUUUCAGAGUCUACCUCAUGAAAACAAGCCUCCAACCUUGGCCAACUACCAGACCAACAAGGCCAAGCAUGAUGAGCUGGCAUAUUUUUAA